AUGGCUGAAGACAAAGAGCUCGGCCAGCCCACCGCGGUAGAGGAUUUCGGAGGCCUUCACGAGUUCAAGAACGCAGAGGGCUAUGUUAUCGACGCCAGCGACCCGGAGCAUGCCAACCUCAAGCGAGCCCGCGACGGGCACACCAUCCUCCUUCCCCAGCCGUCCUCGGAUCCCAACGAUCCCCUCAAUUGGAGUCGCUUCAAGAAGCACCUCAUCCUGAUCAUCAUUUCGAUGACCGCGUUCCUCCCCGACUACGGCAGCGCCACCGGCGCUGUAACGCUCCUCCCACAGUCGGUCGUAUGGGACAUGUCCCCGGACCACGUCAACCACUCGCAAGUCGGCAACGUCUUCAUGUUAGGCGCGGGCGGCGUGGUCGUGGUCGCCCUCUCGGCCUACUUCGGCCGUUUGCCCGUGCUGUUCUACUUCAUAGUCCUCGCGACCGCGACAGCGAUAUGGUGCGCCGCGGCACAGAGCUUCGAGUCAUUCAUGGCGGCGCGCAUCUUAAACGGCUUCUUCAGCACCGUCGCCCAGGGCGGCGGCCUGAUGUUCAUUUUUGACAUGUUCUUCUUCCACGAGCGCGCAAGGAAGAUCAACAUCUGGGCGGCCUUUAUCAUUCUGUCGCCGUACUUUGGUCCACUCUUCGCCGCUUUUAUCAUCAGCACCCAGAAAUGGCAGAUUCCGUUCUGGGUAUAUGUCGCCGAGACGGCUCUGUGCCUCGUCCUAAUAAUCCUCUUCGCCGAAGAAACAUACUACGACCGCCGCAUCCCCGCGGCCUCGCAGCCUCCACGAGGAUCGCACAUCACCCGCCUCUUGGGCAUCGCGCAGUGGAAAUCGCGCCACCUGCGCAACACCUUCGGCCAAGCCUGCAUGCGCCCCAUCAAAGUCGCUCUGAAACCCACGGUCUUCCUGUCGUGCCUGUACUACCUGCUCACGUUCGCGUGGGUCGUGGGGAUCAACACGACGCUCGCCAUCUUCCUGACACCGCUCUACAACUUCGGCCCCCUCCAGAUCGGAUACUUCUACUUCACACCCAUCGUGGCGGCCCUCCUCGGCGAGAUCACAGGCCACUGGCUCCACGACUUUAUUGCGAGCCGCUACAUCCGCACACACGCGGGCCACUUCGAGCCCGAGGUCCGCCUGCGCGCCAUGUGGGUGGCCACGCCCUUCGUGCUUGCGGGACUUGUGGGCCUGGGCUUCUGCCUCGAAGACGGGUACCACUACAUGGUCACGUCGCUGUUCUGGGGCCUCUACGUGUUCGGCAUCAUGAUCACCACGGUCGGGCUCAACGCGUAUAACCUCGACUCGUACCCGGAGGCGUCCGGCGAGACCGCCGCGUGGGUCAACUUCUGCCGCACGACGGGCGGGUUCAUCAUCUCGUAUUUCCAGGUCACGUGGGCCAACGCGCAGGGCACAAAGACCAGCUUUGGCAUCCAGGCCGCCAUCUGCGCCGCGGCUUUUGGCUUGAUUGUGUUUUUGCAGGUCUUUGGCAAGCGCCUGAGGGUUUGGUCGGGGGCUUUGGAUUUCGCCACGGCCUAA